GAGCGAGCGGGCCGGGGCCCCCGUGGGUCGCCCCUCACGCCGCUCAGCGCCUGUCCCUUCUCUCCCCUGCAGCGAGGAGGCCAAGAGCACCACCUGGCUGCACCCGGUUACCGGCGAGGCCGUGGUCACCGGGCACCGGCGGCAGAGCACAGAUUUACCCACCGGCUGGGAAGAGGCAUAUACUUUUGAAGGUGCAAGAUACUAUAUAAACCACAAUGAAAGGAAAGUGACCUGCAAGCAUCCAGUCACAGGACAGCCAUCCCAGGAUAAUUGUAUCUUUGUUGUGAAUGAUCAGACUGUUGCAGCCAUGACAUCCGAAGAAAAGAAGGAGCGACCCAUAAGUGUGAUAAAUGAAGCUUCCAAUUACAACAUGGCUUCAGACUAUACAGUGCAUCCCAUGAGCCCUGUGGGCAGAACGUCACGGGCUUCCAAAAAGGUUCAUAAUUUUGGAAAAAGAUCCAAUUCAAUUAAAAGGAAUCCGAAUGCACCUGUGGUCAGGCGCGGCUGGCUGUAUAAGCAGGACAGUACCGGCAUGAAGCUGUGGAAGAAACGCUGGUUUGUGCUUUCUGACCUUUGCCUUUUUUAUUACAGAGAUGAGAAGGAAGAAGGGAUUCUGGGAAGCAUCCUGCUGCCUAGUUUUCAGAUAGCCAUGCUUACCUCUGAGGACCACAUCAAUCGCAAGUACGCUUUUAAGGCAGCCCAUCCAAACAUGCGGACCUAUUAUUUCUGCACCGAUACAGGAAAGGAAAUGGAGCUGUGGAUGAAGGCCAUGUUAGAUGCUGCCCUGGUGCAGACAGAGCCUGUGAAAAGAAUUACCUUUAAUUUCCGAGUGGACAAGAUUGCAACUGAAGGUGCAUCAACUAAAGAAACCAAUAACAUUCCCAACCACAGAGUCCUCAUUAAGCCAGAGGUCCAGAACAAUCAGAAAAAUAAGGAAAUAAGUAAAAUGGAGGAAAAAAGGGCCUUAGAAGCUGAAAAAUACGGAUUUCAGAAGGAUGGCCAAGAGAGACCUCUAACAAAGAUUAACAGUGUAAAGUUGAACUCUCUGCCAUCGGAAUAUGAAACUGGGCUAGCCUGCCCACCUCAGAAUGUGCACUACAGACCCAUCAAUGUGAAUAGUUCAGAUGGCAGAACAGUGAAUGUCAGCUUGGCAGAUGUCCAGGGUGGGAGUCACCCAAAUGCAGGGACCCUGGCCACAGAGGCUGAUCGAGUCAUUCAGAGAACGAAUUCAAUGCAGCAGCUGGAACAGUGGAUUAAAAUCCAGAAAGGACGGGGUCUUGAAGAAGAGCCCAGAGGAGUAAUUUCUUACCAAACAUUGCCAAGAAAUAUGCCAAGCCACCGAGCCCAGAUUGUGGCCCGAUACCCUGAAGGUUACCGAACACUCCCAAGAAACAGCAAGACCAGACCUGAGAGUAUCUGCAGUGUGACCCCUUCUGGCCAUGAGAAGUCUGGGCCUGGAACAGAAGAGAAGCGGCGCUCCAUGAGGGACGACACCAUGUGGCAGCUGUAUGAGUGGCAGCAGCGUCAGUUUUACCACAAGCAGAGCACCCUUCCUCGGCACAGCUGCCUGGGCAGCCCGAAGGCCAUGGUCAAGGUUUCUGACCAGACAAUGCACUCCAUCCCCACGUCACCUUCCCAUGGGUCUGUAGCUGCGUACCCGGGAUUCUCCCCACAACGAACAUACAGGUCAGAAGUGUCCUCGCCCAUCCAGAGAGGAGAUGUCACGGUAGACCGCAGGCACCGGGCUCAUCACCCAAAGCAUGCCUAUGUACCUGACAGAAGGUCAAUGCCAGCUGGCUUAGCUUUACCAGCUGUGAGUCCUCAGAGCCUCCAAGGCAGAACGCCAGAGGAGCUUACGCUGCUGCUCAUAAAGCUGAGACGGCAGCAAGCUGAACUGAGUAGUAUCCGGGAGCAUACCUUAGCACAGCUCAUGCAACUCAAACUUGAGGCCCACAGCCCAAAGAAUGAAAUUCUUUCACAUCAUCUUCAAAGGAACACCAUAUAUUUGGAUCAUCAGAUGAAAGAAAAUGAACCUAUUAUCACCAUGGUUCACACAAUGAUUGAGAACUCGGCGCUAAGACCGCAACUGUACCAACAAUUCUUAAGACAGAAGAACCAGAUAAGUCUCUAUUGUCUGUCACAAGAUGAAUGUAGAGGCACAUUAUACAAAUACAGACCUGAAGAGGUAGAUAUUGAUGCCAAAUUGAGCAGAUUGUGUGAACAGGAUAAAGUGGUCCGUGCUCUGGAGGAGAAGCUGCAGCAGCUGCACAAAGAGAAAUACACGCUCGAGCAAGCCUUGCUGUCAGCCAGCCAGGAAAUAGAGAUGAAUGCAGAUAACCCGGCCGCCAUCCAAACGGUGGUACUGCAGAGGGACGACCUGCAAAACGGACUGCUGAGCACGUGUCGAGAGCUCUCCCGGGCCACUGCCGAGCUGGAACGAGCCUGGAGAGAAUAUGACAAGUUAGAAUAUGAUGUGACUGUCACCAGGAACCAGAUGCAGGAGCAGCUUGAUCGCCUUGGGGAAGUGCAGAGUGAAUCGGCAGGAAUUCAGCGGGCACAGAUUCAGAAAGAACUUUGGAGAAUUCAAGAUGUCAUGGAGGGGUUGAGCAAACACAAACAGCAAAGAGGUUCCUCAGAAACAGUAGGUCUGGCAGGAUCAAAGCCUUUCUCAGCAGUUAAGUACAAAAGCGAGGAAGAGGAAGUAGUCCCACCUCGGCCUCCACUUCCUCGGUCUUAUGACUUUACAGAGCAGCCUCCCAUAAUCCCCCCUCUGCCCAGUGAUAGCAGCUCCUUGCUCUGUUAUAGCAGGGGCCCCGUGCAUCUGCCUGAAGAAAGGAAGACUCAUCAAGUUCAAGGAUAUCCAAGAAAUGGAUCUCACUGUGGUCCAGACUAUAGACUCUACAAGAGUGAGCCAGAGUUGACCACAGUGGCCGAAGUUGAUGAAUCUAACGGAGAGGAAAAGUCAGAACCAGUUUCCGAGAUGGAAGCUCCAGUUGUUAAAGAGGACCUAAGUUCGGUACCCAGCACCCACAUCAAGCAACUCACAACCACCUGUAAUUGCAGCUCCAGGCGAUUCCAACAUCCUCUUCUGGCCUCCAAGAGCACUGGUCCCCACUUUGCAGUUGGAGUUCCUCUGAGAACGAAGUCACCCACGCCGGAGUCCUCCACAAUAGCCUCCUAUGUGACCUUGAGGAAGACUAAGAAGGUGGAGCUAAGAACGGAAAGACCAAGAAGCGCAGUGGAACAGCUCUGUCUGGCUGAAAGUACUCGACCUAGGAUGACUGUGGAAGAGCAAAUGGAGAGAAUAAGGAGACACCAGCAGGCCUGCCUAAGGGAGAGGAAGAAGGGACUGAAUGUUAUCAGUGCUUCGGACCAGUCACCCUUACAAAGUCCUUCGAAUGGGAGAGAGAAUCCUUUCAGGGUCACACAGACUCUACGGAGGGAUGAUAACAUUAAGGAGCUAGACAAUGUCCACAGAGAAAAUGAUAUAAAGCCAGACCAUGAAACUCCAGCAGCAGAAACCGUUCUAUUAGAAGAAGCUGAACCCCAGAAUGUGGAUCUCGGCAGAAAGCUUAAAAGAACUGAAAGUAUUUUUUAUGAAAUGCUUUUCACACCUGAGCCAAAUGGGAUGAAUUCUGACGAAGUGAUGGAUAGAGAAAAACAUAAAGGUCAGGCACUGGAAGAUAUUCCAUGCAGCCCCCAAGAAGAGGCGGAGGCGACAAGCCAUUGGGCAGAAAGCCGUCCUGAAGAAGUGCAGCAGAGUCUUCAUGAAGAGGAGGAAACUUGCGCUUCUUCUGAGUCACCCCCUGAGGUUCCCAGAGAGGAUCAGACCCCAGUGAAAAGUCUGUCUGCGUCUCCUGAGUCCUCCGCAUCACCAGAUCCGCCUACUCCGCCAAAGCUCACAGAAGGAUCACAUUUCAUGUCUGCACUGACGUCUCUUGAGAGCACACAGAGCUGAAGCUGUGGACCCUCAGCCAUGUAAGAAGAUGUUGUACAGUAUACCUUAAAUCUAUGAAAUUCAUAGUUCUGAUGCUUCUGACCACAGAGCAUCGUUUUAUCACCUUUGGAAAAUGUUUAUUCCAAAAUAGCUUUAAUGGCCCAUAUGUGCACUCCGUAGUCUCAAGGUCACCAUCCUCCACCGGCUUGCUGCUAUGAGUUCAGAACACACCGGUCAAGGUGCUUUCUCCCGCACUCCAUCCAGAGCUUGCUUAGUUGCAGUCCCCAGAUUUGGAUGCUUACGUCUAGGUGAAUUUAUGUUCCUUUGGCUUUUCGGCAAAGCUGUACUUUCCUGUGAAGCUUGUUUUCUUCCUUCUUUCCUCCCAUUUUGGCUACUGCAGUACUUUGUUUGACACUUGAUUUGUAAAAAUUUUAUAUAAUAUAUUUAAAAUGUGCCAUUUUUUUACUGCUAAGUGAAGUAUGUCCUGUUUUCUGCUAUAAUGCUUCCUCGGUCAGAUUGCAACGUCAGCAGUUACUGCCAUACUCUGUCAGCUUCAACACAAAUGCUAUUGCGUAGCUUUUCUUUAAAAAGCAAAACAAUUACAAGUGUAGGUAUUCUGAAGUACUGGACGUUUACGUCAUUGGAAUAGAUGUGUACAGCAAUAAGCAGGCUUUUAGAUCCAGUACUCAGUCUGUGUACAGAUGUAAUUAUGUUCAUUGUGUAGAUGUCACACAGUGAGCACAUGUAAUAAAGGCUGCUUACUAGAGAUUAAUGCAAAUGUUCAUAUCUCAUUUCUUUUUUAUCAUGUUAAAUAAAUGUUGAUGUUCUUAAA